CAGCUGAACCAUCUGCAGGACAAGCUAAAAGCCCAGCAAGACGCACAUGCACCAGUUCCUCUUGACGGUCGGAGCAAUGGGAGCUGUCUGGGUUUUUCUUUCUUGUGUCCUGACUGUUUGGCUCGCCAAAGGAUCUUGUUGGCCAGCUGUCGGCACAAAUGAAAGACAUGAUGAUGGUAUGCAGAACAAAGCGACAGAUCCCAAUGACAUCUCUAUAAAGAAGGCCCUGGCUCUUCUCCAGUCAAUGGAGUCCAUGUUGGAGAAACAAUCUGGGGAAGUACAACUGGAAACCAAUGAAGUGGAAGCUGAGGCUUCAGUUGGCCACCUGAAGCUUGUUCAGAAGCCCUCAAAGAAUCCAUUCAAGCUCAACUCAAAACCUCAGGCUGACAGCGACGGCCACAACGCCACGUCCAGCGACGGCCACAACUCGACUGUGAGUGAAGGCCACAACGCCACGUCCAGCCGAAUGCACGGGGGCGGCUACGGGCUGGGCUACGGGCUGGGCUACAGGCACGACUACAGUCACAACGACACGGCCCGGUACGACUACAGUCACAACGACACGGCCCGGUACGACUACAGUCACAACGACACGGCCCGGUACGACUACAGUCACAACGACACGGCCCGGUACGACCUUGGCCACAACGACACGGCCCGGUACGACUACAGUCACAACGACACGGCCCGGUACGACUACAGGCACAACGACACUGCCCGGUACGACUACAGGCACAACGACACUGCCCGGUACGACUACAGGCACAACGACACUGCCCGGUACGACUACAGGCACAACGACACGGCCCGGUACGACUACAGUCACAACGACACGGCCCGGUACGACUACAGUCACAACGACACGGCCCGGUACGACUACAGCCACAACGACACGGCCCGGUACGACUACAGCCACAACGACACGGCCCGGUACGACCUCGGCCACAACGACACCGCCCGGUACGACCUUGGCCACAACGACACGGCCCGGUACGACCUCGGCCACAACGACACCGCCCGGUACGACCUUGGCCACAAUGACACGGCCCGGAUGGACCUCGGCCACAACGACACGGCCCGGAUGGACCUCGGCCACAACGACACGGCCCGGAACGACCUCGGCCACAAUGACACGGCCCGGAUGGACCUCGGCCACAAUGACACGGCCCGGUACGACCUUGGCCACAAUGACACGGCCCGGUACGACCUCGGCCACAACGCCACGGCCCGGCACGACCUGGGCCACAACGCCACGGCCCGGCACGACCUCGGCCACAACGCCACGGCCCGGCACGACCUCGGCCACAACGCCACGGCCCGGCACGACCUCGGCCACAACGCCACGGCCCGGCACGACCUCGGCCACAACGCCACGGCCCGGAACGACGUCGGCCACAAUGACACGGCCCGGUACGACCUUGGCCACAAUGACACGGCCCGGAACGACGUCGGCCACAACGACACGGCCCGGUACGACCUUGGCCACAAUGACACGGCCCGGUACGACCUCGGCCACAACGACACGGCCCGGAUGGACCUCGGCCACAACGACACGGCCCGGUACGACCUCGGCCACAACGCCACGGCCCGGAACGACGUCGGCCACAACGACACGGCCCGGUACGACCUUGGCCACAAUGACACGGCCCGGAUGGACCUCGGCCACAACGACACGGCCCGGAUGGACCUCGGCCACAACGACACGGCCCGGCACGACCUCGGCCACAACGCCACGGCCCGGCACGACCUCGGCCACAACGCCACGGCCCGGAUGGACCUCGUCCACAACGACACGGCCCGGAUGGACCUCGUCCACAACGACACGGCCCGGAUGGACCUCGUCCACAACGACACGGCCCCGGAUGGACCUCGUCCACAACGACACGGCCCGGUAUGACUUUGUCCAUUGAGAGGUCAUUGAAGUUGGAAUGGAUUCUGGGUUCUGGGAUCUGUGCAAGAGUUAAUUUUGCAUCUGUGAUGUUUCUGCCUGUAUCCAUUUUAUCUGUCUCCGCUUUAAAUAAAAUGUUAAAUUCAUACACUC